CCUGCAGCAAACGCUGGUCCCAGACCACUUCCCUUGCUAGUCGCUGUUCGUGGUUCUGAAUUCCACAUUCACAGUUUCUCGACUUGCUAGUUUCUCUACGAGUCUCGCAGAUCUUGCUUAGAACUGCAUAGUAUAUCUUCAAGGUGAACCGGCCAUUCCGUCCUACAUUCCUCCCGCGCAGUACAUGUUCAGGCGGAGGAGUCAUAUCGUUUUGUAGCCAUCAUGGAACGCGAUAAGUGGGUCGUUCGCAGAUGCGUCUCCGCGACUGACAUUCGAACCAGCGAUGAAGUUUUUUUCUCCGCUACCAGCUUCCACUCUUACACCUCACACGACGCAAACUUUGCCGACGAACAGGACGACGUUGACGGCUCGUUUCGGUUUUGGCGCACCGAUUCUCGCCAUUCGCUUCACUUCAGUGCCACGUCGGAUGAGUUUUCCUGCGCAGACGCGGCUCGCGCGUGCGACCCCGAAUGGGUGGAGGACGCGCGGUCGCGAAUCCGCCACGCGGCGCUCGAGGUUGUCGAAGCGCAGCAGCGGUACGCGGAGCACAACAGGAGAUUAAACGACAUGGCGGGACUCGCGACAAGCUGCGAGCUCAGUCCACGCGUGGUUCCGUCGCGGGCUGCUUCGAGCAGGCCCGUCCGCAAUGCUGGCUCCUCAGCUAAAUCUCAGGCUUCCCUUGAUCUCCAUGGCAGGAGAACAGCUUCGAGGGGCUGUGACGUUUCUAAGGGGCGGAGAGUGGGCGCCCGGAAGGGCAGGGGAAAGCUUUUGGGGUUGGUUCUAGGUUUUCUCCCAUGGAUGCGUGUAUGACAACUCAAUGUGUACAUAAAAAGCCUUCUGUGAGCUUUGAGUAACGGUAGCACGAGAGCAAACAUCAUACCCACGGUCUCACAAUCAUGGGACGCGCUGCCAGCCCACUCAACUUCGCUGCGACCACCAGUACUACGGCCACCCGUCCCAAAAAUUGGGGGCCGGAAACCUAUGCACCUGCUUCGCACGUUCGCGGAAGUGCUAUGCACCUACUAUG